AUGAUCCUCACGCCGUUCCAGUACGCCCUAACAGCAAGCAACAUCUGCACGGCACAGGCGCUAGACCACACGGUGCUGGUCGUCAACUCGCUCCCGCGCACGAUCGCAUUCUACGCGCGCCUGGGGAUGCGGUACGUCGCGGCGUCGACGCCAGCAGCUACCCACGCGCUCGAGUUUGGCGCCUCGCGCAUAGAGCUGAGAGAGUACGACCCGCUGUCGCCCCUCGGCCCGCGGAACGGCGCCGCCGAGCCGCCAGACAUCGAGCUCGAGCCCCCCAGCGCCGUGUUCGCGCGGCCUGGCGCCGCGGCCGUGUGUGUCGUCGUUGCGGAGCCCGUCGCAGAGGUCAAGGCCCGCCUCGAGCGCACCGGCAUUCGCGUGCUCUGUGAUGGCCGCGUUGUGCGGCGUGUCGGCGCCGCCGGGGAGCUGUGCAGCAUCUACGUGCGGGAUCCAGACGGCAACGUCGUCGAGUGA